AUGCAACCGCUUGGAGAUAGAGCUGCCCGGAUUGAUCGUCUCGAGAACACUGAUCAGGUGACCGCAUUACUUCCCAGCAUGUGUCAUCUGCCCUCGCAGGUAGGGUUCUCCUCUGGCCUUAACUGCUGGUCCAGAGUUUCGGAUGUCGGACUCCUUGCUGGUUCACAUCUUGCCAGCCUUUUGUACCGUGGCCCGACAUGACAGGGUAGUAGUCAGUGGGGCUACCCUGAGGACUCGCAUAUUCACAUGCAUGCCUGCCUGCCUUCCUUUAGCCGGCAACCUCAGCCUGUUGAUUGGCAAGCAACUUGGCCGCUGAUGCGCUUCUUUAAGGCUUAA